GCCAAGCAUCCAAAUUUUGACCAAUAUGGAGAUGCUGCAAUAGUUGUACGUGUGAAAAAUGAAAACAUAUUUUGUAUCAAUAAAGCAAAAAAUGUCUUCGCUGAAGGGUAAAAUUCAGACUGUAUUGGGCCUGAUAGACCCUAGCCAACUGGGUUACACUAUGACUCAUGAACACUUGACAAUGGGCUUCAGCUGCUCUUACUACCCACCACCUUUGGGUCAAGAAGCUCUUUCUGAAAAACCUAUUGAGAUGAAGAACUUGUUUUGGCUUAAACAGAAUCCUUAUAGCCACAAAGAGAACCUUCUGCUGUUUGAAGAGACAGAUGCUGUGAGAGAAGAACUCCUUCAUUACAAGGCUGCAGGAGGUGGAAGCAUAGUGGAAAAUACAACCACUGGGAUCAUGCGAGAUGUGAAGAUACUAAAACAGCUUUCAGAAGAAACUGGUGUCCAUGUUAUUGCUGGGGCAGGUUUUUAUGUAGAUGCCACUCAUUCUUCUGAGACUAAAGCUAUGUCUGUGGAACAGUUGACAGAAGUUAUUGUUAAUGAAGUUCUCAAUGGAGCUGAUGGAAGCAAUAUCAAGUGUGGUGUAAUAGGGGAAAUUGGCUGCUCUUGGCCUCUGACUGACAGUGAAAACAGAGUCCUUAAAGCAACAGCACAUGCCCAGGUGCAACUUGGCUGUCCAGUCAUCAUCCAUCCAGGCCGAAAUGGGGAUUCACCGUUCCAGAUCAUUAGAAUUUUGCAGGAAGCUGGGGCUAACAUCUCAAAAACUGUGAUGUCUCAUUUGGACAGGACUAUAUUUGAUGAGAAGAAACUAUUAGAGUUUGCCAAACUUGGAUGCUACUUAGAAUAUGACCUUUUUGGAACCGAAUUUAUUUCCUAUCACAUGAAUCCUGAUAUUGACAUGCCAAGUGACAAUGAAAGAAUUUUACGAGUUCGAAUGUUGAUUGAAGAAGGUUAUGAUGACAAAAUUGUGAUUGCUCACGAUAUUCAUACAAAACAUAGACUAAAGAAAUAUGGUGGCCACGGCUAUUCUCAUAUUCUUGAAAAUAUUGUCCCAAAAAUGCUCACGAGAGGAAUAUCUCAAAAUAAAAUUGAUAAGCUAUUGCUAGAAAAUCCCAAACAGUGGCUGACUUUUAAAUAAAAAUGUGAUCCUGUUUGCUUUGGUGAAAGUGAAAAAAAUAGAAUUGAAAUUGGUUGAGGAAAAUAAAAUUAUACCUUUGGAGCACAGAAUAAGAAAAUAUGAUUUGCAAUGUCAGAACUCCAAUUUUUUGAUUGUAUGAUUGCAACUUAAAAUAAUAACAAAAAUAGAUGUAUUUUUGGAAAAAAUAUGUUUAAUGAAACUUCUAUAAUAUGAAGAUGGAACAUAUCAUAUGAAUGAAUCAAAAUUAUUUUUAAAUGGCCUUCUAUGGAAUUAAUUGGGUGGAAAACAUCCAUUUGAAUUAAUCAGAAUGAGAGACUUCAAUCAUGGUCUGGCUCACAACUGAAUGUAAAUGCCAUUGUUUUAUGUUUAAGCCCUUGAUAGAACUACUAGUUUGUUUUGUUUUUUAAAAAUGGACAUCCUAAUAUGAAAUGCAGUGUACUUUAAGUGUAUCCAGCAAUUAAUCUUUCCUUGCUUCGUCUCGUACAUGUCUAUUUAUACAAUCAUUUGAGCAAAGCACAUAUAUAUAUAAAAAACUUCACAUGUGAAUUGGGUCUUUCCAUUUCCAAAAUACAACACUCUGCAUUGCAUUUCAAGAUGCAGAUGAAGCAGUCCCUUUGCAUAGAUCCAUCUACUUCUCUGAAACAUGACUCUUCUGUUUCUUGAAAUAUGCAUUUUAACAAUUUAGAGAAAAUCUCCCUAUUUUUCUGUCAGUAAGCUUAAAUUGCAUAUCUUCUCCAACAAAUGGAGUUAUGAGAUUCAUAGCUGAUUGUCAGAAUUAUUUUUUUUAAAAAAAAAAAACAGUUCUAGUAGGCUUAAACUGAAAAGUAAAUAAUGUUUGUAUCACCUUACAAAUUGGUGGCAUGAUCAAGAAAAUUUCAAUAGGAUCAUCAAAGGAAUAUUUUAAGAUCUGUUGAUACGCUAUGAAAUAAUUUCUAAUGCAUCACAGAGUGGAUAAUGACAGAAUUCAUUUGGUCCUUUUAAGGUAGAUUUUUGCCAUGAAAACUGCAGGAAUUUGGGAAGUAAUCACCAGGGAAGGGAGGUAGGAAGGGAGCAAGGGAGGGAGGAAGAAGGAAGGGAGAUUGGUUUGGGAAUCAAAAUUUAAUAUUUAAGUUGAAGUUAAAAGAAGCUAGGGUUGUACAAACAAAUAAAUGAAUAGGAUUACACUUUAAAUGUAUGGUUAUGAAGAAAAAGAAGAGUGAAUUCAAACUAACUUCUGAAUAUAUAUAUAUAUGGAACCUACUGGAUUGUAAAUAAAUAAAUUCCAUUUCAUUGGG